UCACCUUUGUAAUUCAAUCGUCUUCUUUCAGUUCACAUUUCCGGAUUCAGUGCCAUGGAGAACUACGAAGAUCUAGAAUGGGUUGAGGCUCAAAAGAUUGUCAUAUCAACGGACCUCGUUACUGCAACGAAGAGACUUUUAAAGUUUCUCAAAGCCGUUCAUGACAAUGGGAAAUUAUACAACGGAUGUGUACUAGAACGAGCUGUUUUCAGGUACAAAUACUGUUGGCUUCCUUUACUAGCAAAAUAUACUAGCCGGUCUAAGAUUAGUGAAUGGCGGUUGGUGGUGCCACUCGACUGUGAAUGGAUUUGGCAUUGCCAUAGGCUUAAUCCGGUUCGGUACAUGUCUGAUUGUAAGGAACUCUUUGGCAUAAUCCUAGAUCCUUGUGGUGUGGUUAUAUCAUCAGUUGAGGGGUCUUGCAAGAAAGAAACCGAAGCGUUAUGGAACGCUAUGUAUCCAGAAGAACCCUAUGUACUUGACUUCGAUGACUGCUUUCCCAACGAUACUCAAAACAGGUUGGCGAGCUCACUAAGCACCAAAUACGAUCUAGUUUCUGCAGUCGAAAGACAAAGUUCAUUCUAUUACCAGGUAUCGAGAUCGUUUAUGAAAGACGAUAUCUUUCUUGAGGGGGCAGUUGAGAGAUAUAAGGGAUUUCUACAUAUGAUUAGGAGGAACAUAGAGACGAAAUCAAACAACUUUUGUGUUCCAACUUAUGAUAUCGACCUAAUGUGGCACACUCAUCAACUGCAUCCACUUUCUUAUUGCAACGAUACAAUGUGCCUACUAGGAAAUGUUCUCGACCAUGAUGACACAGACUCUGAUCGAACCAAGGGUCACAAACUUGACAGCGGGUUCAGUAAGACUACAAAGCAGUGGAAUGAGAUGUUUUUGUCGAGGUAUUGGAGGGCCGGAGCCAUGUACAUGCCUCCGGUCCAAAGUCAAAAACGUUGCAUUAAACCAAGCCAAUUAUUCGAGAUCAUGUCCACAGAGAUUAUGGUGGAGGUGAUAGAGAUAAGGAGCUUAUCAACCAAACACAAAGGCAACUUUGUUCUUUCAAUUGCUAAGAAACAACAUGACAUGCUAUUUAAGGAUAAGCAACGUUUAAGCAUUUGCGCCGAUAGCAAAGAAACACAAGCUAUUCUGUUCCAGUGUGAACCAAAGGGUGUUUUGCUCUUUGAUCUCGAUCUCGAUUGUUCUUCGAAAUCAUUAGGAACUUGCUCGAUAUCAUUAUCCGCAUUGGACUCAAAACUCGUCACUCCAAUUUGGUUAGAGUUUGAAACAGAUAUGUCUUUGCCUAUUACUUUGGGUAUUAUUAUCUCAAGGAGUCCAAUGCACCAUGUGGUUAUGAGGUCUGAACACAAGGAUAAUGGCCCGGGUAUCAUUGGAAGUGUAUGGAUGACGACGGGUGGGGCGUGUAGUGGUAGUGGAGGUUGUGGCGGCGGAUGUGGAGGUGGUGGUGGUGGUGGUGGCGGAUGUCGUGCGAGUUGCGGAGGAUGUCGUUCUAGCUGUGGUGGAAUGAGAGGGGGAAUGGAAUGAGUGAUUACGAGGGAA